UUACUCCGGAUCAACUUCCCCACAGGAAAAAGUUUGGAUGCCCGCUGCAUAGCAUGCACAAUCCUCCCCAAUAGACUUAUCGAUUAAGAAAAAGCGGAUAAAGUAGAAUACUGUGGAGGAGGAGGAGGUGGUGGGCUCUAUUUGAUCUGUAUCUUAUUGGAUUUGGUGUUUUCCAGUAAUGUCCUCACUGGGAUGAAAGUUUUUUUUGCAGCUGGAUUUAGCCGAAAUCAGGAUGGAAAAGCAAAGAACGAGGAAAGAAAAGUUCUCUCUGUUUGGUUCUCGCUCCACCAGCAGGACCACCAACCCUCCCUCUUCCUCCUCUUCCUCUUCCUCCCCCGUGAUCCCUUCAGCCCUGCCGGUGAAACAGGUCGACCGACAGCCCGCCCCCCCCAUCCCGUCCGGCCUCAGCAAAGCGGAGUUCCUGGAGCGCGUGCGGCGCAGUAACCAGGCCUGCCAGCAGGGGGAGUACGCUCUGGCGGUGCGUCUCUACAGCGAGGCGCUCACCGCCGACCCACAGAACUGCAUCCUGUACAGCAACCGCUCCGCUGCCUAUCUGAGACUGGGUCAGUACAGCACCGCUCUGGACGACGCCGUCAAAGCUCGACUCAUCAACCCCAAAUGGCCCAAGGCCUACUUUCGUCAGGUUGCCCUGCAGUACCUCGGUCGUCAUGCCGACGCCCUGGCAGCGUUCGCCUCCGGCCUCGCCCAGGACCCCAAGAGUCUCCAGCUGCUCGUCGGCAUGGUGGAGGCCGCCAUGAAAUCCCCCCUCAGAGACUCCCUUGAGCCGACCUACCAGCAGCUGCAGAGGAUGAAGCUGGACAAGAGCCCGUUCGUGGUCGUGUCCGUCAUCGGGCAGGAGCUGCUGACCCACAGUUUCCACGGCGCCUCCGUCGUUGUGCUGGAGGCGGGGCUUAAGAUCGGCACCUGCUCCCUGAAGCUGCGUGGAUCCGUCUUCUCCGCCCUGAGCUCGGCCUACUGGUCUCUGGGCAAUGCGGAGAAGAGCGUGGCCUACAUGCAGCAGGACCUGGAGGUCACCAAGACCUUAGGUGACCAGUCAGGUGAAUGCCGGGCUCACGGGAACCUUGGCUCCGCCCUCUUCUCCAAAGGCAGCUACAGAGAGGCGCUGGCCAAUCACAGGAACCAGCUGGUGUUGGCCAUGAAGCUCAAGGACAGGGAGGCGGCGUCCGGCGCCCUCAGCAGUCUGGGCCACGUGUACACGGCCAUCGGCGACUACCCCAACGCGCUGGCGAGCCACAAACAGUGUGUGCUGUUGGCGAGACAAACCCAGUGCCGGCUCUCUGAGGCCCGCCAGCUGGGCAACAUGGGCGCCGUGUACACCGCGCUGGGAGACUUCACCAACGCCGUCCAGAGCCACGAGCAGCACCUGGACAUCGCAAAGACUUUGGAGAACCGGCGUGAGGAGGCGCGGGCGUACAGCAACCUAGGCAGUGCCUUCCACUCUCAGCGGGACUUCGACAAAGCCAUCUCGUACCACACCCGGGUUCUGGAGCUCGCUCAGGAGCUCGCAGACAGAUCCAUCGAGAUGAGGGCGUACGCCGGUCUGGGACACGCCGCACGCUGCAUGCAGGACCUGGAGAGAGCUCGUCUGCACCACCAGCACCAGCUGGAAAUCGCUCAGGAGCUGCAGGACAGAGCGGCUCAGGGACGAGCGUCGUCCAACCUGGGCAUCAUCCACCAGAUGAAGGGGGAGUACGAGACGGCGCUGAAGCUCCACAAAGCCCACCUAUCCUUCGCCCAGGAGCUGAGUGAUUACGCCGCUCAGGGUCGAGCCUACGGCAACAUGGGCAACGCCUAUCACGCCCUCGGCGUCUACGACCAGGCCGUCCGCUACCACCGACAGGAGCUGCAGAUCUCUCUGGAGGUGAACGACCGUCCGUCCCAGGCCUCCACGCACGGGAACCUGGCCGUGGCCUACCAGGCGCUGGGCGCUCACGACCAGGCCCUGCAGCACUACCUCCACCAUCUCGCCAUCGCACGGGAGCUCCAGGACACCCAGAGUGAAGCCAGGGCACUAGCAAACUUGGGUAACUUCCACAGCUGGAGAGGCGAGUACGCUCAGGCCUUGCCGUACUACCAGCAGUACCUGGCUCUGGCUCCGGGCCUUCAGGACCUGGAGGGAGAAGGGAAGGUUUGCCACAACCUCGGCUACGCUCACUACUGCCUCGGACAGUACCGAGACGCCGUCAGGUAUUACGAACAGGACUUGGCCCUGGCGAAGGACCUCCAGGACAAACUGGCCCAGGCCAAAGCCUACUGUAACCUGGGUCUGGCCCACAAAGCACUGGGGGAGCACAAGAAAGCCGAGGAGUGUCAGAGAUACCUGCUCUCUAUAGCACAGGCCUUGGAUAACACACAGGCGGUGUUCAGGGCCUUCGGGAACCUGGGGGAUGUUUGUGUUUGUCGGGGCGAUCUUCCAGGAGCGCUGAGGUUCUACCAGCAGCAGUUAAGUCUGGCCCAGAAGGUCAGCGAUCAGAAGAUGGAGGCCGACGCAUACUCGGCUCUCGGAUCGAUUCACAGGCUGCUCCGUCAGCUGGACGCAGCCUUGUCCUUCCACAGCCAGGAGCUGACCGUCAGAAAGGACCUGGGCGAUCGGCAGGGGGAGUGCCGCGCCCUCGGACACCUGGCGGCCGUCCACAUGGCGCUGGGAGACUACGCCACCACCUUCCAGUGUUACGAGGCCCAGCUGGGUCUGGCUCAGGGUCUCAGGGACGCCCGCCUGGAGGCGCAGGUCCACGGGAACAUGGGGAUCACCAAGAUGAACAUGGGCGUGUUCGAGGAAGCGAUCGGCUACUUCGAGCAGCAGCUGGCCAUGCUGCAGCAGCUGAGCGGGACCGAGAGCAUGCUGGACCGAGGCCGGGCCUUUGGGAACCUGGCGGACUGCUACGACGCUCUGGGAGACUACGAGGAGGCCAUUCAGUACUACGAGAAGUACCUGACGGUGGCUCAGAGUCUAAACCACGUCCAGGACCAGGAGAAGGCCUACAGGGGACUCGGCAAUGCACACAGGUCUAUGGGGAGUCUCCAGCAGGCAUUGGUGUGCUUUGAGAAGCGGCUGGUGGUGGCCCAUGAGCUGGGUGGAGAAGGUGGAGGUAAGGCUCAGGCUUACUGGGAGCUGGGAACGUUACACAGCCAACUGGGAAACUACGAGCAGUCGCUCUCCUGCCUGGAGCACCAGCUGAACAUCGCACACACAGCCGGGGAUAAAUCCCUGGAAGCGGAGGCGAGCGAUGCACUUGGAGGCGUUUAUCAGCUGAUGGCCGACAACGAGACGGCGCUACAGUGGCACCAGAGGGCGUUGGAUAUAUCGGAGCAGACGGGGUGUGUGAGGAGCCAGGGUCGAGCCUACGGAAACCUGGGGCUGACCUACGAAGCGCUGGGGAAGUACGAGCGAGCCGUGGUCUUCCAGGAGCAGCACCUCAGUGUGGCGGCUCAGACCAACGAUCUGAUCGCUAAAACUCUGGCCUACGGGAGCCUGGGGAGGACACACCACGCACUGCAGAACUAUGCACAGGCUGUGAUGUACCUGCAGGAAGGUCUUCGUCUGUCGGAGCAGUUGGGUCGUAGAGAAGAUGAAGCAAAGAUUCGUCAUCGUCUCGGUCUUUCUCUGUGGGCCGGAGGAAACCUGGAGGAGGCGCAGCACCAGUUGUACCGAGCGUCCGUGUUGUUCAGUGUGUAUUUCUGUUUCCAGGCGAUCCGUCAUGAGACUCAGCAAAACACCGACUGUAAGCUCUCCCUGUUCGACCUGCAGACCAGCUCGUACCAGGCCCUCCAGAGGGUCCUCGUCAGCCUCGGCCGUCACGACGAGGCGCUGGUGAUAGCGGAGCGAGGCCGGACGCGAGCCUUCGCCGACCUCCUGGUGGAACGGCAGAAAGGGAGUCAGCAGGCGGUGACCUCUGACCCCUACAUCCCCGUCACCGUGGAGAACAUCCUGGAGACGGUCAGCGGGCAGAGGGCUCUGGUCCUCUACUUCUCUCUGGCUGGAGGGUUUCUGUACAGCUGGCUGAUUUCUCCAGGGACAGGUAUCGUGAAGUUCAACGAGGUUUAUCUGGGAGAAGCCGGACUGGAGGAGUUCCAGGAUGCUGGUGGUGGUGGGAGUCCACAGGGAGGAGGAGGAGGAGGAGGAGCAGGAGGCCCUUUGUCUCUGGAGCAGUACAUCAGCAACGCCAGAGAGGCUCUAGGAGUGGACAGCCAUUACAGCAGAGUUGGCUCCAACAGUGAGACGGAGAGUGAGGCUGGAGAUUUGUUGGAUCAACACUUUGAUGAUCUGAACAACAGACUGACGUCGACCACCGACCCAACGGGGUUCCUCCGCAUGGUGUCCAGAAACAACACCUUCAACAGAAGCUGUCAGAGCAUGACCAGUCUGUACAGCACCACGGUGUCUCCAGUGAAGGACAGCUCCUCAUCUCCUCUUUACCGGCCCAGUAGCAUCAGUAAACCUCCUCUACGAGCCCUUUAUGAUUUACUCAUAGCUCCGAUGGAAGGCGGUCUGAUGCACAGUAGUGGACCGGUGGGCCGACACAGACAGCUGGUGUUGGUGCUGGAGGGGGAGUUGUACCUCAUCCCGUUUGCCUUGCUCAAAGGCAGUUCGUCUAACGAGUACCUUUAUGAGCGGUUCAGCCUCAUCUCCGUACCAUCUUUAGGAAGCAUGGGAGCCACGAACAAGCCUCAUCCUCGCCGUGGUGGUCCUUUACUUUGCUCAGAUGGAGGCUCCGUGGCCGCCGUGGUCGGGGCCCCUCGCCUGCCCCCCUCUGUGAUGGACCGCUGGCUGUGGGGCCCCUUACCCUCAGCCCAGGAUGAAGCUCUGUGGCUGGGGGAGCAGAUAGGCUGUCAUCCCCUGACUGGAGCCGGCGCCACAAAGGAGCGCGUCCUCGCGGCCCUGAAUCAGGCCGAGUGCGUCCACUUUGCCACUCACGUGUCCUGGAAGCUCGCCGCUUUGGUUCGCCCGAGCCAGGAGCACGCCGGUGGGGGGAGGGGGGCUGCUGGGCGACCCAGGGAGAAGUCACCGUGUGGGGGGUCGACGUCCCGAGAGGACGGAAGGAUGAAGGGCUCGUUUGGGAAGAGCCACAGCAGCCCGGAGAGACUCAGAGGGGGAGGAAACGAGCGAGGACGGGGGAGUGUGUGUGAUGGGGAGAGUGUGUGUGACAGCCCGCCGCUUCACGACUUCCUCCUCACCGCCGCUGACAUACUGGACCUGUGCUUGAGCGUCAAACUGGUGGUUCUGAGGUUGUACCCGGAGUCCAGCAGCAGGGUGACGUCUGACGGGCUGGUGGGUCUGACCCGGGCCUUCCUGGCGGCGGGGGUCCAGUGUGUGUGCGUCUCUCUGUGGCCCGUUCCCGUAGCGGCCUCCAAGCUCUUCAACAGCACGUUCUACACGGCGCUCCUCAACGGGACCAAAGCCAGCGCCGCUCUGACGGACGCCAUGAAGUCUCUGCAGAGCAGCAAGCACUUCUCACACCCGUCCAACUGGGCCGGCUACAUGCUGGUUGGCAGUGAUGUGAAGCUGAACAGUCCCAUGUCUCUGGUGGGUCAGGCCCUGUCAGAGAUCCUUCAGCACCCAGAGAGAGCGAGGGACGCCCUCAGAGUGCUGCUGCACCUGGUGGAGAAAUCUCUGCAGCGCAUCCAGAGCGGCCAGUGUAACCCGAUGUACACGUCUCAGCAGAGCGUAGAGAACAAGGUCGGCGGCGUCCCCGGGUGGCAGGCGCUGCUCUCUGCGGUGGGUUUCCGGUUGGAUUUCUCCGGCAGCGUCUCUGGUCUCACCUCGGCGGUCUUCUUCCCGAUCUCUGACCCCGGAGAGCGUCUGCAGCAGUGCAGCGCCACUCUGCAGUCUCUGCUCGGUCUCACUCCUCCGGCUCUGCAGGCUCUCUGUAAACUGGUCACAGUGUCCGAGGCCGGAGAACAGCUCAUUCAUAAGCUCCACCAGGUGCUGGUUCAGUUGCAGUCCGGAGACAAAGACCAGGACUUCUCUCUGGCUCCCAUCCAGGUCUCCAUAAGCGUUCAGCUCUGGAGGCUUCCGGGCUGCCACGAGUUCCUGGCGGCGCUCGGUUUUGAUCUCUGUGAGGUGGGUCAGGAGGAGGUCCUGCUGAAGACCGGAAAGCAGGCCAGCAGACGCAUCAUGCAUUUCGCCCUCCAGUCUCUUCUGGCUCUCUUUGACUCCACGGAGCUUCCCAAGCGUCUCAGCAUGGACAGCUCCUCCUCCCUGGAGUCCCUCUCCUCCUCCCAGUCGGCCUCCCAGCCUCACUCCUUACCCCUCUCCUUCGGGUGCUACCCUCCUCAGCCCUCCUACCUGCCCCCAGACAGCCUCUCCUGCGACGCCAUCUCCGUCUACAGCCUCAGCUCCCUCGCCUCCUCUCUCAGCUUCCUGUCGCGCCCCGAGCCCGCGGGGAGUGACAUCAUCAGCCAGCGCUCCUCCCUGCAGCAGGAGCCGGAGAGGUCUCGUGGCUCGCACCGACACACCGGCGGCCUGUCGAGAGGUCGACUGACCAAUCAGGGAGGAGGAGGAGGAGGAGGAGGAGGGGAGGAUGAGGAGUAUGAAGGUUACUCCAUCAUAAGUAGUGAGCCGUUAGGGCGAGGGAGGAGGGAGUGUGACACGCUGCCUCUACCCGCGGGACACCGACACGGGAGGGGCGGAGCUGGGAGAGGGUCAACCGGGGGUCACGGGUACCCGGUUAUGAUCUCCUCCAAAGGAAGCAUCAGCACACCUACAUCUCCCAUUAAAGCACCGCCGCCACCACCGCCGCCAAAGGUCCUCACCAGCACCAAACACAAGCAGGAAAUCUCUCCUCCUCAGAGGACGGCCAAAGGGAAGGUGAGCAGCUCGGAGUCGGACCAGUCCAGCACGGAGACGGACAGCACAGUGAAGUCCCAGGAGGAGAGGACGGUCCCGGUGGGACAGCUGGACCCAGAGGAGCUGGCCCAGAAGAUCCUGGAGGAGACUCAGAUCCACAUGCGAGCCGUGGUGAACCUGCAGAAGGUCAACGACGUCGGAGGGACGACCUUGAGGGGGUCAUCGCUGUCCACUCCCACGACCCCGACUUUGUCCCCCGCCGGAGGAGCCCGAGGCUUCCAGCCCUCGGAGACCAGCGCCUUCAGCCGGCCUCCCAGCAGAGCCAGCCUGAAGCCGUGCUCCUCCCCUCUCUCCCUCUCCCAUCAUGCACCUCCCCCGACUCGGCCCAAACCUCCGUCCUGCUCCUCGUCGCUGCAGAAGAUCAGUAGCCCCGCCCCCUCCUCUCCAUCCUCAUCCCUCUCUGCUGCUUCUCCAGAUGUGCAGCUCAAACUGAGAUACCCCACCUCGCCGUACUCCGCCCACAUCUCACCCUCGCACUCCCCAGCUGACGGCGCUCCAUCGCCAUCCCUCUCCUACUCCUCCACCGGAUCCGUCUCCAUCUCCGCCUCCUCCAGCCCGGCAAACACCCCCGAACUCACCCGCACCAAGCGUGAUAACAAAGUCCAGGCCGUCCACAAUUUAAAGACCUUCUGGGCGAACAACGCCGCCCAGAAACACGAGCUGCCCUGCACCGCCAGCCUACUCCGAGGCGGGGGGAAUAAAAAGAUGAGCACGGUCCAGAGGGAUGUCUUGGGUUUGCUUAAUCUCUCGCCGAGACACGACAGCAAAACCUCAGAGGGGUCGGAGAGCGGCAGAGCCAACGGGCACCAAAAACUGGAGACCAAACCUCCUCCACCUCCUCCACCUCCAUCGUCGACGACGAACUCUAAAGGAGCCGUCAAGCUCCCAUCUGGGAACGGAUUCAAGUUCCUCUCACCUGGACAUUUCUUUCCUUCCUCCAAAUGUUGAGAGUUUCAUUCUUGGUGUUUGUUCUACGACAGAAGCUGUCCAUUUGUCAGCUAAAUAUGACCAUGUUUUUUUUUUUUUAAAAGCAAUACCUGCUGAUUUAAAAAACAAAAAAGAAAAAGUACUGUUUCAUACUGACAGUGAUUUUACACAUCACUACUUCUUCUUUUUUUUUUCGUGAAGGGAUGUUUUUGAAUGUGAUGACUGUGCCUUCUUUUGGAGAGAGAGCGCUUUAAUCGUGUUACCAUGACGACUACAGAGCAUGAAUCUCCAUGUCUCUAUUCCCGUCCUCAUCUUGAUUUACGGUGUAUUAAUUAUUGUUAAACGUCACCACGAUUGUCGUCGUUUAUUUUGUAAAGUGAGCCGUGUUUUCAUUAUCACACAUUUUAUAUAAAGACAAUUAAAAGAAAGACGAGAGGAAAAAAAAACAUUUUUGAUAUUUUUUCAUGGAGAUUUGAUUUUAGCGUGUGAUUGUCAGCAUGGUACGUCUUGCUGUUCAGAGUGUUACUGACUUUAUAAUGUACAAUUUUUGCAGCGGUGCCAGACUCCUAUUUAGAAAAAUAUCUGAAGACGUGGACGAAUAAAAAUGUUC